AUGCUCUUUCAUAAUUAUAGUGGCACGAAUCAAGUAGGGGAAAGAAUACUUUCUCAAGCCAUGAAGAAAGCUAAAAGGUAUAUUUUUGCAUUUUUUGGCGAAUUGUUUGGCAUGAAAUACAGCAGAAAAAUAAAGGUGAAACAGCAGCUACUUUAUGAAAUUUUUUCAAACUUAAUUAUUGUGUUUCAGCUGACUACUUUGAUUUGGUACCCAAAUUUAGGAAUAAAUGACUGAAGUUCAUAUUCAGCUUUUUGAAAAAUGAUUGGCAUCGUAAAUUAUAGCAAUAUUUGUGGAUACUUCGAAAUUAUGGAUAUUUGUUUCUAUGGAACAAUUUCUUCAAUUGGAGUAUGUCUCAGCUCUUUCGCUUUAUUUGGGGUUUAUUUUUAUCUCAAAAAAAAGCCACCAAGCUUAGUAUUAAAUUUCUCCAGAAAAAUUGCAGGAAUAAUUAUCACAGUUUGUUUGGUUCCUGCAAAUAUUAUUUUGCUUAUAGUUUUGAAGAACUCUAUAAUAAUUUCUAAUUCUGCUCAUGAAUUCUGGAACACAAGUGGGAACGAUUUGAAUUAUGGCGCCCUUGGAGUAUUUUUUUCGAUAUGUUGCUUAAUUGUUUUAAUUCCAAUUUUUAUAUUAUCAGAGGUUUUUACUUGUGAUAUAAGACACUCUAAAUCUAAAAACAAUAUAAAAGCAAGAUCUUGUGCUUUUUUGGAUUUAGAAAGAAAAGUUUUUACUCUCUGCUGUCUAAGAGCGAGCAAGAUAUUUUGCACGCUGUGGAGGGAUUUAAUUAUUUUUAAGUUCCAAAAUUCAAUAGAAUUAGCCUUUAUUUUAUUAUAAACGUUAUCACUUGUAAUCAAAAUUUUUGCUGGGAAGCUAGUAUUCUUAUGUGCGUUUCUUAUGUUUCUUUUGGAGAAAAAGACGCUAUUUAUCAUCAAAUUAUAUGAUUUGCAUUAACAAUAUAUUUAUGGAUAAAAAUAAUCUCAUUUUUACCAUAUUUUAACCCUAUUGAAAAUGCUCUUCAAGCUUGCAAAGCAGGAUCAAUAUCUUUGUCCCUUUUAAGCUUUAUAGCCUGAUCCCUGCUUCGGAUCGGGUUUUCUAAUAUCUCCCGAUGUCAGAUGGGGAGCUGGUAAAUCAAGAUUUGUUGGUAAAGUCAACUCCUGGAUGAUAAAUCACCAAUACAAGAGGAUUUUUCAUCUAGGGAGUUAAUGUUGCCAACAAAUAUUGAUUUGCCAACUCCCCACCUGAUGUGCAGACAUCAGAUAAGCCCAAUCCAAAGCAGGGAUGGGGCUAUAUUCUUGGCUACGCCAUGGAUAAUUCUCAAGCUAUCUUAAUUUUUGCUUUAAUUUUGCACCCUCCACUUCUUUUUUUUAUUUUCUAUUACACAAACCAGAGUUACAAAAACCUUAAAAAAACAAUAAAUGUUUUUUCUAGCCAGUAUGAAUUUGAAAGAAAUUUUAGACAUUUAUUGACAGAUCCAAAUCUAGCCGAUAAAACAAAAGUUUUAAAUUUUAAAUAUAUUUUAUAUUAAAUAUAUAUUAAAAUAUAUAUCUACUAAUAUAUACAUAAAAUGGUUAUGACGUCCACUCGUGCUCUUGUGUAACGGUACCCUGGGAAUGAUCAGGGGUUGACCCAGUAAUAUUUGGUGUCUUGCAGCGAAGGAAUUAAAUACAAAUUCGCUGGUUUGUGUGGUCUGAUCCAAUAGGCAGUUACUUGCGACUGCUUUUUAAUAGCAGAACCUGAGCCAGUGAGCGCCGAAAUAAAUCAAGCGAAUUACCUGCUCAAGCUGCUAUAGUUGUCUGCCUCAAAUAGCAGAAACGACUGAGUCUUUUUCAGGUAUGACCUGAAAAAAAGGGAAGGCAGGCUAGAUAAAACGGUGGUCUCUCCAAUUCAAGGGCUCCAGAAAUACGAUACUGGUAAGGGGUGAUAGACAGGGUGGAGUAGCUAGGCGAUUGAAGGAACCAAGUUGGAAAUGGUGGGUGUCAGCAAAAGUUUUUCGACCAAUAGGGCAAUAUCGUACUAAGAAACCAGGGUUUUGGGCCUGGGCUAGAGUUACCAGAGGUGAAAAGCACUCAAUUCGGCUAUGCCACCAGACAACUAGCACCCUAUACAAUACCACCUAUGCAAAGUGGUUACUUUAAAUAUCCAUCUCAAAUCUAUAUCUACUAAUAUCUUAUUUUAUUUAUAAAUAGAAAUUAUUAAGUCAACAAUCUAAAAAAUCCAACUUAUACAGUAUAUUCAAUAAAUAUUGAAAAAUUGAUGGCUUUAAAAAAGACAAACUUUUUGUGCUGUGAGAAUUUAAUUUUUGCUAUUGCAUAAUGCAAGAUGAAAGACUAGCCAGAAUGAUUCUAAGAAAAACAAAGCUCUGCAAAUCUUCAUUUGAAAAUGAUAUUCAUGAGUGAAGAAUCCAUAAUUGGCUAAAAAACAAGCGAAAAGAAUUUUUCCCUGAAAUUUCUUAUUUGGAAUAUUUAUUGGAGUUUGGAAAAGUUAAAGCGCAAGAUAAAAAGUUAUGCAACUUAAUCAUACAAUUACAGCUAGAAUUCUCUUCUAGAAGUCCUAGAAUGAAAAUUUUGGUCAAUUUGGCAAGUAAAACUUCUGUUUGCUUAGAUAAAGUACGGGAAAAAUAUAAAAAAAUUGCAAAUAAAUAUAAAGCCUUUGAAUUAUAUGAAGCAUAUGCGAGCUUUUUGCGAGAUAUUUCCUGUGAUUUAGAAGAAGCUGAUCUAAUAAAUAAAAAGAAAAAUGGAGUUGAUUAUUCAAGCUUAAGAAAUGAAAAUCAGAAUUUAGAUCGAUAUGGGGGACAUCUUGGGCUUAUUCUUGUUUCUUGUGAUAUGAAUAUUUUUGGUUCUAUUGUCUAUAUCAAUGAAAAAGCUGCUGAAAUUUUGCGCACUCCUGUCUUAGAUAUUAUUGGCUCAUCAAUUUUUAAUUUUUUACCUUCUCCUUAUAAUAACUCACAUAAAAACCUGACUGUAAAUUUUUUAGAAAACUCUAAUAGAACAGAAAUUCAAAGUCAUAGCGAUUUAUUUUUACAAACUCAAAAUGGCUUUUUAAUCGCAUGCAACCUGAUGAUAAAAUUUGCUUCUUUUCAUAACGAUAUUUACUGCUUGAUCUCUUUUUUGCCAAAAACAACAAAAUAUGAAAUUGCACUAAUCUCAAAAGAAGGGAUAGUUUUAAGCCAUUCAGAAUAUUUUUCACAAUAUUUAGGAAUAAAUACAAAAUAUAUAAGAAAUCUAUAUGUCUCUGAAGUAAUACCCUUUCUGGAGAUAGAAAAAAUGAAAGCAUAUGAGCCUUGGGUGGUAAAAUUCUGUGAUAAAGAAAUUGCGCUGGUUUAUCUUAAUAAAGAAAUUAAUUCAAGCACGCUUCAUUAUUUGUAUUUAAUACAUGAUCAAUAUGAUAUAGCCAGGUGAAAAGAAGGAAAAGACCCAGAGCAAUUAUCAUGUUUAGAAAGCCUUAAAAUCACGCCAGAUCUGCAAAAAGCCUUAAUGAGGCAACAUUCAAUUAAAAGCUGCACUGUUUCAACAAUAAUUAUAGAAAAAGAAAUUGAAAAGCCAGAUAAAGAAUCGGCGUUAAAAUCUUAUGAAGACGAAGAAAAAAAUUUAAUAGAAAAUCAGUCAAAUGCUGGAGACCAUGCAAGUGCUUUAACGCUAAAGUCAAGUAAACACUAUUCAGGACGAGCAAAAAAAUUAAUUUAUAAGGCCAAGAAAAAAAUCAGAGUUCUCCAAUGGGUGUUAUUUCUUGUGGUAAGGAAAAUAUAGAUUUUGACAGUUAUCGUUGUGAUGAUUGCGAUUAUAUUAAAUGUGAUGAAUAAUGUGGACCUUACGUCUUCUAUGAAAAUAUUUUACAAUCUUGGAGAAAUUUUAUAUUAUUUUGGGGUUUCUGCUGAUACUGUGAGGAAUCUGAACAAAGAAAUAACGAUACCAAUUGAUAUUUCUCCACGCAUCCAAGGGUUAUCUUCAAUAGUAAGUGAAUUAGAAACUAUACAGCUUAAUAUUCGUUCUGAUUUCAAUUAUUGGCGAUUUUGCACAGCAGCUGAAGUUGCUGAUAAACCUUUGAUCCCAUUAUGAUCUUUUGACGAUGAAAAUCCUCAGAUUAUUUAUGAAAAUAUUUACGACAUGAUUUCUUUAUUUAAUUACCAUGUAAUUUUUAUUCAGCUAAAACUUGUCAUUUCUUCAGCCAAAAAUAACCAAACCAAUAUGCAACAUGCAAAAUUUGUAAUAGCUAACGGUAUAGGCAAAACCUAUGAAUUUUUAAAUCACACUAUUUCAGGCUUAGAAAAUUGUGAAGUUGAUCAUAUAGACACCCUCCGCUAUGAAAUAAGCACCCUGCUUGUUUCUGGCUUUUCUAUAUUUACAGGCUUAGUUAUAAUAAUCAUUUGAUUUAUUUUGCUUGCAGCCAAAAAAGAAGACGAGUUUUGAAAUUUCAUGCUGGAGCAUGCACAAAUUCCUUUAAUGAAAUUGAGAAGUGAAGCUAUGGACAGGCUCAUUCUUGUUCAUAAUGACGAAAUAAAUCCAGAAGAACAAUCCAAUAUAAGGAAAUUGCAUAACAGAAAAAAAGUUAGAACAAAAAUCGAGAUAAAAUACGCCUGACGAAUUUUGGUAUUUUUUAUGAUUUCUGCGUCAUAUUAUUAUUUGGUUUAUUUUUAUUUAUAUCCAGAAUGCGCAAAUUAUAUGGCGAAUAGGCCGAAAUUACUUAAUAAUUUCAAUAUAAAGCGAUCAUUAGUAUCAAGGCUUUCUAUUUUUGCAAGAGAUGUUUAUAAUCCUUCAUUUAUAAAAUUAUUCCCAAAAUCCUAUGAUUUUCGGAAUUCUAAAGAAAUGUUUAAUAUUACUUCACAAAUUCUUUUGGACAAAACCAAAGAAAUAAGAGAAAACAAGUUUAUGAGCAUGAUUUCAGGGGGGCUUAAGCAAAGAUUAUUUGAGAGCUGUAGCAUUAUGGGGUCAGAGCUUUAUUUUGGCUCAGAAACAGCUAUAAAACUGACUAUUUAUGAUGGAAUUUAUAUCACAUACCAGACCAAUAUUUCCGGUAAAGCUAUGAUUGUAUAUUUAGGAAUUCUUGGGGAAAUAGAAAAUGAGGUAGGAGAGGAAUUUCAAAUUGCUGAUGACGAUUCUUAUGAGAUCAUCAAUAAUCAAUUGCAUGUAAUUAUAAUUGCUACUGUUGUUUAUUCAGUUGCAUUGUGCAGCUUGUUUUUGCUAUAUUAUUUGCCGUUUUUUAUUUAUCAAGCGAGGUACUUAAACAGAUUUAAUAUGUUGCCAACGAUCCUAAAGUUAGGAAGCGAAUAA